AUGGUUCUCAAGUUGUACGGGUUUUCCCCUUCAACUAAUACCCAGCGUGUUGUUCUUGUCCUUAACGAGCUAAAGGUCCCAUUUGAGUAUGUCACCGUCGACUUGUCCAAAGGUGAACACAAGGGAGAGGAUUAUAUGAAGAUCCAGCCCUUCGGCUGCGUUCCAUGCAUAGAUGAUGAUGGCUUCGUUCUCUAUGAAAGUAGAGCUAUCUGCCACUACAUCAUAGCCAAAUACGCAAAUCAGGGAACCGAACUAGUUCCGACCGAACUAAAAGCAAAUGCACUCUAUGCCCAAGGACUGAGCCUUGAAUUAGGCUCCUUUGAGGCUGCGGCUGCCCCGUUUGUUUACGAAAAACUAUUCAAGCCAUACCAAGGCUUGAGCCCUGACGAACACUCGGUCAAAUUAUAUGAGUCUAACCUCAUGAACUGCCUGGAUGGCUAUGAAAGAAUUCUGAGCAAGCAAAAGUAUAUUGGAGGCAAUGUGAGCAACCUUGUUAAAACGCACUGA